AUGAAGCUCAAUUUACUCGGAACCACCGUGAUUCUGCUAGUUGCCUUCUUACCGCGCUACGAAUGUCGGGCUAUUGAGAGCCCUGGCAGUGCCCUGCGCAUCCCCGCUCCACAGAACCAGAACUCCCAGCAGCAGUCUGGUCCUAUCUUGGAGCGGCUCGGAGAGGAGUAUUUCAUACGGCUUGGCAACGGGGACUCGAACUCUUUUCCAGCGACUUCUUCAAUGUAUCCCGGAGGACCCUCCUCCGUCUUCAACAGAGCUCUCCAACUCCAACUGACGCGGCGUCUCUUACAGGGCAAAGUUGGCAACAUCAGAGCGCUCAUAGGAGACUUGGCUGACCACGGGGACGAGUCCAUGGAGCGAGGGAGAAGGUCCGAAGAACCGCCGAUAUCUCUGGAUCUGACCUUCCACCUGCUGCGGGAGAUGAUGGAGAUGUCCAAGGCGGAGCAGCUAGCUCAACAAGCGCAAAACAACAGAAGGAUGAUGGAGCUCUUUGGAAAGUGA